AUGCUUUGCUCCUGGCUGAAAGCUGCCAGCAGGGGGCGCUGAGGGUCACUUUGCCUCUCUUCUCAACCGGAAAUGGAGCACCGAAGAGAGACCACGUGACUGUUUGUGAUUGUCGCUCUCAGUAGCUAGAUGGUGAGGCUCUCAGAUGGAGGCAGAGUGUGAGCCGGUCCCUGUAGGCGAUGAAGAGGAGGAUGAAGAGGAGCAUGAAGCCAUGCUGUGGUCCUUCCAGGAGGCCCUUGAGAGGCAGACUCUGCAGAUCGGAGCCUCGGCCUGCGGGGCCACAGCGGUGGUGGACGUGCUGAAGGCCCUCGGGGUGGACGUGGCCCCUGAGGAAGCAGAUCGAUGCGUCAAAACACGCCUGAGGAGGAACGAGGCCCCGCUGCCCGAAUACCUGCUGUCCCGGAGCCACGCUGGUGCGACUCACGCUCAGCUCAUCCAUGGAGCGCAGGGUGCGAGUGAGGGGAAGGUGAUUGGUCGAUUCUUCCACCUUUAUCCUCGCCGUCGUAUCGGACUCACCCAUUGGCUCGCUCGCUGGAUCCGAAGCGGUGCUGUUCCCGUGGCGACCAUGAAUAUGCAAAUGGGGGUCCCAGAGGGAGAGGAAGUGCCCGACGCCUGGCACCAUCAGCUCAUAUUCGGGGUUUCACCCAACGCUGUUUUCAUGACCAAUCCGUUAGAUAUAGAAAGUGAGGGGGGGGUGCACCAGAGACUCUGCAGUGAAUCGGUGCUGCUGAUUCGUCGAGAAGACGUCCUGCUGAGACUGAAUCCAGAUUGCUGCCUGUCCGGUUUAUCAGAGCAUCAGUCCGACCCGCGCUGGAGAGCCAUGGAUGUGGAGGGGCAAGUGAAGCAGAUGGUUCGAGGAGAGGAACCAAGGCUAACACACAUCAGGAUUCCUGCAGCGUACAGGUCAGGGGUCACACUUUUCGCCCUGAGAGAGUCAGAGUUAGGACAGAAACUCCUCAAAGCUCCUGAACUCCCUCUGCUGUGAACAGACUGGACUUAAAGCUUUGCUGGACUGACAAACGAGUUCAAUGAAAUACCACGUGACAUUUUUCAGUCAUAACACUCCAGCAGGGUGUUUAGACGUACCUACCUAUCCAUCUAUCUCUCCAUCUAUCCAUCUAUCUACCUAUCUAUCCAUCUAUUCAUCUAUCUCUCCAUCUAUUUAUCUAUCUAUCU